AUGGCCAAUGCUGAAGCCAAAAAACUAGAAGCUUCUGUUCAGAAAACCACUAUUGUUUUUGAGGUGCUGCUUGUAACCAGAAAACAAUCACCAUUAAGAGAAUUGUUAAGCAAGGGAUGGAUGAGGGAAGGUGCUUUAGAGGAUUUUAAUUAUGGUGAAGCAGAGAAUGGAAGUACACUUGAUGAAGUUGUGGUGCAAUGGUUACACACACUUCAUGCAAUGCAAUCUGAGAGAAAGAAAGAAAGAAUGAAUGAAUGUCCCAUUGUAGGAGGACUAACCGAGGCAAGAGUAUUAGCUGGACCUUAUGAUUGCACCCUUUUUCAGGAGCCUUUCAUAAAAUUU